AUGAAUGGCCUACUUAGAAGUAAGAUUGUUUUGCAAUCUAAUUUUUCAAGCAUCAGAACACUAUGUAUCAGUUCCAUUGAGAGCUUCAACAAUGAUCUGAUUACUCUUAAGUUUGACAAUGGCCAAUCGAUAGCCUACAAUAACAUUUUCCUCCGCGACGCAUGCCAGAGCUCUGAUUCGGUGGAUCCAUACUCGAAGCAAAAGUUGUUCUCCACACCGCAAAUUGGCCAAAAUUUGAAGUUGAAGAGCGAACCAAAGCUAGUUCUCGACCAUAACACUAAGGAACCCCAAUUGCAAGUACAAUGGGUUCAAAAUGGUAGAGAUCAUUUUUCAACAUAUUCAAGUUCAUUCUUAGCAAAGUAUGCUAGCCGUGAUAGUGUUCGCAAGGCAAAGUUUUUCGACGCAGAGCAAGUCUACUGGGACAAAAGCACACAUUUCAAGCCAGAAUUUGUCGAUUAUCACAGCUAUAUAGAUGGCACAGCGUUUCCUCAAGUGGUUCACAAUUUGAACAAAUACGGUCUUUGCUUUGUUGACAACAUACCAGAGCCACAGUUGGAACUGAUGAAUGAAGAGAAUAGUAGUCAAUGGCCAGUGGCAGCACUUGCCAGUAAAUUUGGUUACAUCAAGCGGACAUUUUAUGGAACAUUAUUUGAUGUUCGCAACGAAAAGGAGGCUAAAAAUAUAGCCAAUACGUCUACCUUUCUCCCAUUGCACAUGGAUUUGCUCUACUAUGAGUCGCCUCCAGGAUUACAGCUUUUGCAUUUCAUUAAGAACUCGACUUUGGGAGGUGAAAAUGUGUUUGCUGAUUCUUUUGCAGCUGCUCAUUCUGUGCGAAGCGAAGACCCUGAAGCAUACGAAGCCCUCAAAGCAAUACCUAUCAAUUAUCACUAUGACAAUGCAAACGAAAGCUACUACUAUUCAAGACCGUUGAUCAUUGAAAAUCAAGGAGUAUUGCACCCAAAUGAAGGACCAAUUAUAGACCAUGUUAACUACUCUCCUCCGUUCCAAGGACCGUUUGAGCUUGGAAUCGAAGACUCGGAUCCAAAACUAUUUCAAAACUUUCUUCGUGGAUUAACAAAGUUUGAAGAAGCAGUCAACGACCCGCAAAAUCAAAUUCAGAUAAAAACCCCAGAAGGCACCUGUGCUAUUUUUGACAAUAGGCGAGUUUUGCACUCACGACUCGAGUUCUCUGACGCUAAUGGCGGAGACCGGUGGCUCAUGGGAUGCUACGUCGAUGGUGACAGCUACAGAUCUAAACUUAGAGUACUUAAAAAUGUAUAA